UGCUCUUAUGACGCUGAGAAACUUAAUUACAGACCUCUUAUAAAGACAAUCUAAAAUACACAACUGCGUAUCAUAUGCAAUCGUACUUUGAUGAAACGGUUGUCCUGGUUACAAUUUGAGAUAAAUUCGUUAGUAACUUACAAAGAGGUUAGUAACGAACAAUGGCGAAAUGCAAGAUUAGCGCGUUUACUUGUUUAAUAUAGAGCUGAUGUACGAGACAAUUAGUUUUGUUUCAUUAACGUAGGACUUCACUGAAGCUGUGAACGUGCUAUGAUAGACAUUCAAUCUGCUGAGAGAUGAUUUUAUAGGACAAUCAAAUAUACUUUUCGCCAGUUGGAUGAUUAGCGUAGUCAGGAAAAGAUCAAAGAAUAUUGGAGACGUUCAUUAAUUGGCGAAACAUAUUCUUGGAUUAAUUCAUCAUGAGUGGAAAUGGAACAUGGCGCUACGCGGUUAAAUUCAUCUGGACGCUACUCGAAUGUUUCUUCUUUUCCGGAAUUCUAUACGGGUGGACUUUCCUUAUACCUGUUUUGAAAGAGAAUGGAUUUUUCAGCGAUUUCUGCAACGCAAAUGUUUCCAUAGACUCCAUAGAGCUAGAACAACAAGAUUCAGUUGCUUUACACGUUAAUUCAAACGCCAGCAAUGAUAGAACUACAGAUAGAUAUAGUAGUAUAGGCAAACGAAGUGCGGAUGACGACAGGCCUGAAUGUGACGACCUGCUGUACUAUUACGAUGAAGAAGUUAAGGUAUACCCUAAAUGUGACGAACAAGAUAUCCAGCUGAAACUGACGGGACAAAUAGCUGUUAACGUAAUGUUCCUACUUGCGUUCCCACUUGGCUAUUUAUUUGAUCAGAUUGGAACGCUGAAAGUUAGAGUAAUUACAAUAUCCUUAUUCACCGCUGCAACACUUACGAUGUCAUUCACAAGUAAAGACCAACCAUGGCUCUUGUACAUUUCGACGUGUUGCCAGGCAACGAGUGGGUAUCUCAUACUUCUUACAAACAUCCAGGUGUCACAUGUAUUCCCGUGUCGUAGGUACACGGUUGUUGGAUUCUACGUCGGUGCCUUUCAUGCAAGUGGUCUUCUCCUCCUUUUUACAAAAGAAACUUUUCUCGAUGGCAUGAACAUCCAGUCAUCGUUUAUGUUCAUGACAGUAUCGAUAAUCCCGAUGGUUAUCAACACAGUUGCUAUUUUGCCAAAAUGGCACAUACCAUGGCCCCCUAGCGUCAAUCACUGCAUAUUCCGAGGGAGCAUAAUGAGUUUACAGUCACCCGAAGGAGAACCAAAGGAAAGUGAUCGCUUUAGAGUGAAAUCAGGAACAGAAGAUUCGCAAGUAAAGAAGCGUGUAUCAGCAUUAGAAGCACGUGUGCUGUGCUCACCUUUAUUCAUUGGUCAUUCUGGAUGGUUCUGUUUGUUAUACACAGUGGCCAUGACAACUGGGUCUAUCAUGCCUUAUUUUCUAAGGAGGGCUUCAGGCCACAGGAUCGUAAAAGGUUUUAGAUAUGUUUCGGAAGAGAAGGAUAUCCUUAUACAAAUGUUGGGACUUUUGGUGUCACCAGCGCUCGGAGUAAUGAUUGACAGGGGAACAUCUAAAUGUCAAAAUAUAUUAGAGAUAAAGAAGAAGACGCAAACUAAUUUUAUUAUGGCGUCAUCAUUUGUACUGCUUUUGGCGACAUCUAUGGGGUUGUUUAGCCUUCUACCGUCGAUACACAUACAUUACAUCAUAGUUGUGCUAAACGCCAUCUUAAAACCAACGCUUCUUACUGCAAACAUGUGCUUCGUAACAAUUUUUUAUUCAGAGGGAAUAUUUGGCAGUAUAUUGGGACUGACCUUAUUUCUUGGCUCAAUCUUUAGUACUCUUCAGUACCUGAUAGAACAUCACGUUGUAAGAAACCUCCUCUUUGGGGAUACCUUCUUUGUUCAUGUCAGUUUGUGCCUGCUGUCGCUCACGUGUCUCUUCCAUCCUUGGUUGAUUUGGAAGCACACGAUUAAUCCUACAAAUGACGUCAUUCUAUCAUUGCAAAGAUUGACCAAUGAGGAACAACAAGACUUGAAUCCGGAUGCUAUAGUUACGGUUGACGAAUCAGCCACAGAACCGCGUCGUCAUAGAGCUAUAGAAGAAGCAUAACAUUGGCACGAGUGGUUUGCAUUUGCUAAAAUUGUGUACAUGGGCGCAUGCACUGGGCUUAUGGUGCCAGCAAGUCGUCAGCUUAUAUGGCACAUUUUGAUGCAUGUGAAUAUGUUGAUAAUGAGGUCAUCUACGAAUAGUAUAUAAAUAGUCAAAAAAGAUGGAUAGUAUCUGACUGAAAUCACCAUUGUCAUUCUAGAAAACACAACGCCUUAACAUAACCUCACAAAAUUAGGCCAGUUGGCUGGUGCGAAGGAACGCUCGAGAGUCGGUAUUAUACAUGUAGUUAAAAACGAUAUUUAUAUUGAGAAUCAUUAUUUUGUUACUCACCAUAGAUCAAAUAUUAUAUGUGUUUAAAUCGGUGAAUACAAUCUCAAGAACUUACCAAAAUAUACAAUGUAAUGCAGUUACGACAGGUUGUUCAACCUCUGUGACUGUAAAACUACAAGGUUCUGGUAAGAAAACAGUGGUAAGAACUAAAGAAAAGUGAAAUAAAAAUUCGUUAUAGUUUAUGUCAAAAAUUAUUUUCAAAAACAACUUUGUAUGAUGUUUGUAAUAACUUUUCUGAAACAUGCCUGGCUACAUCUAUUGACACAAUGUUGAAAACAUUUAAAAAUUCAUUUUUACUCCUAUGAAGAUCAAUUUUAAUGUCUAACCACAAUGCCCAUGUCACGAAGAUCAUGUACGUAAUAACAUUCAAAGGUGUCUUAUGUUAAUACAAAUUGAAAUACUUGAAGGGACUCAGUUAGUCUAUUGGCAAAAUACUUUGACACAUAUUAUUUAUUUUAAAAAGGUAUUAACAGUCAAAAUAUCACCAC